GUCGUCUCCGGCAGUUCUUGGCUGACUUUUACCUUUUUUCCUCUCUCUCUCUGUCUCUCUCUCUCUCUCUCUCUGUCUCUCUCUCUCUCUCUCUCUCUCUCUCUGUGUGAGGAGUUGAAGUGGAGCCGCAGCGCAGCGCGCAGAGGAGAGCAGAACCUCUUGUGACUGGGCAGACUGGGACACAAUCUGCCUCUCUACAAGUUAGAAAUAAGACUGAGGUAACAGCGUGAGAGAUGACAGGAGGCUGCUGGUGGACGACUGGACUGCUUCUUCUGGCUGUGUGUGUGGAGGUUGCUGUUUGGGCCAACGAUGGGGACGCCGUGUUCAUCAGGGAAUUCACUCUGCUUCGACGAGACCACCUUGCAGAAGAGCCUCUCAAAGACGCCGUCCAAAAACCAGAAGACCCCAGCUCCCGGACGGCCCGGUCGGAAGAGGACAGGGACACUCUGUGGGACGCCUGGGGCUCAUGGAGCGAAUGCUCCCGGACCUGUGGAGGAGGCGCCUCCUACUCCCUCAGACGAUGCCUCAGCUCCAAGACCUGCGAAGGGCAGAAUAUCAAAUAUCAAACAUGCAGUAAUGUGGAUUGCCCUCCAGAUGCCGGGGAUUUCCGUGCCCAGCAGUGUUCAGCUCACGCAGACGUGCGAUACCAGGGUCAGUACCACGAGUGGCUGCCCGUGUACAACGACCCGGACAACCCCUGCGCUCUCAAGUGCAAAGCCAAGGGCUCUGGCCUCAUGAUGGAGCUGGCGCCCAAGGUGCUGGAUGGGACACGCUGUUACACCGAGUCCUUGGACAUGUGUAUCAGCGGCGUCUGCCAGAUUGUAGGUUGUGAUCAUGAGUUGGGGAGCACAGCAAAGGAGGACAACUGCGGUGUUUGCAAUGGAGAUGGCUCAUCCUGCAGACUGGUGCGAGGACACUACAAAUCCCAGCAUGCUUCAGGAAAAACUGAGGACACAGUGGUUGCCGUCCCCUAUAAGAGCCGUCAUGUGCGUCUCGUCCUGAAAGGCCCGGAUCACUUGUAUGUGGAGAGUAAGACUCUUCAAGGGGUAAAAGGUGAGCUGGUUUUGGAUAAAUCAGGGCAGUACCACCUGGAGAACACCACCUUGGACUACCAGAAACUUUCAGAUAAGGAGAUCCUGAGAAUCACGGGCCCCCUCGGAGCCGACUUCACAGUCAAAGUGCAGUUUGCCAGCGGACCAGACAGUGUGGUCCAGUACAUCUACUACCAGCCCAUCAUCCACCGCUGGAGAGAGACCGACUUCUUCCCUUGCUCCGUCACGUGUGGUGGAGGGUACCAGCUAACCUCAGCAGAGUGCUUUGACCUUCGGAGCGGCCGGGUGGUUGUGGAUCAGUAUUGCCAUUAUUACCCAGAGAACAUCAAGCCUAAACCCAAACUCCAGGAGUGCAACAUGGAACCCUGCCUGGCCAGUGACGGCUACAAGCAAAUUAUGCCAUAUGACCUCUACCACCCGCUGCCUCGAUGGGAGAGCAGUCCUUGGACCGCCUGUUCCACCUCCUGCGGCGGAGGAAUCCAGAGCCGCUCGGUAUCCUGCGUGGAGGAAGACAUGCAGGGAGUCAUCACUCCAACGGAGGAAUGGAAGUGCCUCUACUCCCCCAAGACGGCUAUCCUGCAGCCCUGCAACACCUUCGACUGCCCCACCUGGCUGGCACAGGAGUGGUCACCCUGCACAGUGACCUGUGGUCAGGGUCUGCGCUACAGGGUGGUGUUAUGCAUCGAUCACAGAGGGCUCCAUGCUGGAGGUUGUAACCCCACCACCAAACCCCACAUCAAGGAGGAGUGCCUGGUGACUAUUCCCUGUUAUAAAUCCAUAGAUACGCUCCCAGUUGAGGCAAAGCCUGUGUGGCAUAAGCAGGCCAUAGAGCUGGAGGAGGAGAUCAGCGUUACUGAGGAACCAACCUUCAUCCCUGGUCCCUGGCAGGCCUGCAGCAGGACAUGCGGCGCCGGGACCCAGCGACGCACCGUCAAGUGCCAGGUCUUGCUGUCCUUCUCCCAAACCGUUGCUGACCUGCCCGAUGAUGAGUGCGAGGGGGUGAAACCUGCUCAGAGUCAGCCCUGCUACCGUACACCCUGCUCUGGUGUUUCGGGCCAAGGAAAAGAAAGCGAAAAGGAGGGGCAGGAAGAGGAGGAGGAGGAGGAGGAGGAGGAGGAGGAGGAGGGGGAGACACCCGAAAGAGAAGAACUGCACGACUGGGAGUAUGAGGGGUUUACGGAGUGCUCGGAGAGUUGUGGGGGAGGUGUGCAGGAGGCCGUGGUCAUCUGCCUGAACAAGCAGACCAGAGAGGCAGCAGACCAGAGCCUGUGUGUGAGCUCCCGUCGGCCCCCGCAACUCCUGCAGGACUGCAAAACUCAGCCCUGCCCGCCCAGGUGGGAAACGGCGGAAUGGAGUUCAUGCUCUGCUACUUGUGGGGUUGGUCUGAUGACCCGCACUGUGGCAUGCACCCACCGGCCGUCUAGGGACAGCAACCGCACUGAGGUUUUGAGGGAUGAAGACUGUCAGAGCCCAAAGCCCAGCCCUGUCCAAGCCUGCAACCGCUUUGACUGCCCUCCUAUGUGGGACACACGGGACUGGGGACAGUGCUCCCAGAGCUGUGGUGGUGGAUUCCAAAGGAGGCAGGUCCUGUGCAAACAGCGGUUGGCAGAUGGUAGUAUCCUGGAGCUGCCUGACACCUUUUGCCCGUCCAAAAGCCCUGCAAACCAGCAGAUCUGUGUCAAGCAGGAGUGCCCUCCUCAAUGGGUCACAACUGACUGGUCCCAGUGUUCAGUGACUUGUGGAAAUGGGAUUCAGAGACUACAGGCAGUCUGCAGAAAACAAAGGGAAGAUAGGGGACAUUGGACCGUAGACCCUGCGAACUGUUCCCUGAUGGCCCGGCCCACCAAAAUCCGGCCGUGCUCCCUCAGGCUCUGUCAGAACUCUGUCAAGCCUGAUCCCACCAUACUGGCCCAGAAGAAGGUGUAUAUCCAGUGGAGGAAGGGCAAAAAGUUACAGUUGGUAGUGGGAGGCUAUGCCUACCUGCUCCCCUGGACAACUAUGGUCCUUCGCUGCCCGACCCGCCACUUCCGCAAGGGCCACAUCCGAUGGUUGAAGGAAGGAAAGCCCUUGGUCGGCCUCCCGCACCUCUCCAUAACAGCACCAGGAUACGUGAAGAUUCAGCAGCUUCGCACAUCUGACGCCGGGAUAUACACAUGCGUCGCAGGUCGGACACAAGAACAUUUUGUCCUACAGAUUAUUGGCAGCAAGCAGAAGCUCUCUGUUCCCGAGUCAUGGAUCCUCGCAGGCGGACAACAAAAGCCAGACGUGGCCUCAACGGGGGAAAGAUUUCAGGAGCUGCCCAUCUCCCUCAACCACUAUGACAGCAUUGUUGAGCAUUUGCUUGAGCUCAAAGGCUCUCUCCAAGAUGAGAAAGACACCGCUGAUAAGACACACUCCAGUGAAAAGAACAGGUCGACCCUGGAGGACGAGAGGGCGAGCUCAGAACUUUCAAGCCUGCUCGUACUCACCGCCGAUACCCACAGGCUAGAUGAGAUCAUGCACGGCCUCUCCGAAGGCCUCGGAGGACCGUGGGGGGAACAACUCAUCGCACAGUUGCUCAGUGAGCUCACCAUGACACAAGGUGAAACCAAUGAGUCUACUCUUCAUCCCACGGAAAAUGUGGAAUCCUCCACGCAAGGGCCCCUCCUUUAUAAGCCGAACAUCAAAGCCCACGCGUCCAGGCCAAGAAGCCCGGUGAUAAUCCAACGGCCCAGGAAGGUCGGAGUGGCGCCGUCGUCUGAAAUGAUAGUUCACGUGGGCGUGCCGGUUUUGCUGCAGAAACCCAUUGCUAGUUUGGAGCUGAGGUGUGAGACACUGGGAAACCCUGAACCAACCCUGACGUGGACAAAGAAUGGAAAAGAGUUGCUCUACAACAGCAGAGUAGGCCUGUUGUCCACCGGCUCACUGAGGAUCCAGCCUCCAAGCAGGGCGGAUGAGGGUCUGUACACCUGCACUGCCAGGAACCGCCUUGGAACUACAUCUCUUUCGUCUUGGCUGCAGAUUACAGCUGGCAGAGGAAGAAACUCAGAGAGGAUUAACAGCAGCCAGUCAGCAGAGCUGUGCCAUGGACAAGCCUGCCCCCUCAGGUGGCGAGUGGAUCCUUGGUCCCCAUGUUCAGCCAAUUGCGGAGGUGGGUCCCAGACCAGGAGUGUUCGCUGCCUGAAGGGUCCAGAGGGCAGAUCAAGAGAGAUGGAGAGCCAGCGCUGCCUUGGCACAGGGAGGAGACCCUCUGACACCAGGCUAUGCAACCUGCUGCCCUGUACCAGAUGGGCCACUACCACCUGGGGAGCAUGUCAUGGUCAAUGUGUGGGUCCCAGUUUGGCCACACAGCAACGCCACGUUUACUGCCAAGACACAAACGCCACCAAAGUCCCCUAUAGGAUGUGCAGUGGACUCCAAAGGCCCAGCUCUCUGAAGAAUUGCUCCUCAGAGGCCUGCGCCCUUCAGUGGCGCUUCGGGCCGUGGACGCAGUGCACCGCCACCUGUGGACGCCACGGUUUCCAGUCGCGCCAGGUGACCUGCGCGCACCGGCGAAGCGGAAAGGCCACGCGCGAACAUCACUGCAUGUGGAAGCCUCGCCCUCCCAGCUGGCAGCGAUGUAACAUUUUGUCCUGUGGCAGAGCAGGAGAGUGUCGAGACAGCACGAGGUACUGCGAGAAGGUUCGACAGCUGGAGCUUUGUCCGCUGCCCCAGUUUAAGAACCGCUGCUGUCAUUCCUGCCGAAACACCUGAGGCGGGGGGGACGCGAGACGAGGUUCCAUGUUUGACCUGGACAGGUCGGGGAAGAUGCUCAGACAGCCGACAGAGACUUGAAACCUCUACGUCCCAUCCUCACACCCCACGACUGUCUUCAAUGACCGGCCUUAGGUGGGGAUUCCUGCGUGUGGAGGAAUGUUUGGACGGUCAUACCUACUGUAGAGUGGUUGUGAUCUGCUUUCCUCAAAGAUAUCAUGUGUGGGUUUGAAUUUGAACGUUUUGAGAGGAGUGACGUGUCUGUUAAUGAAGGCUUCAGUUUUACUUCUUUCUUCUUUUUUUCCUUUUAAAUCUGACGUUCAUGAAGCUUUCCUAAAUUAUGCAAAAAGAUACAUUUCCGUUGUGAGUAAUAGACCUUGUGGUGACUGCGUGGCUCCGUAAAGGGGAACUCAUAAAGAACAACCUCUGGUGUAGUUUCAGGGUUUCCCUAAAAGAAUGGAACGACGGUGCUGCACCACCACAAAUAUGUAUUUUUAUCAUUGAUUGACUUCGUACCCAGGGAUUCUGGGUAGACCCCUAAGCUUUUGAUAACCACUGGAUAGUUGUGUGUUUGCCUUUAUUGCAAUGGUCUCCAAAACAGUGUUGAUAAAUAGUUUUGAUGCUAAAUGAGCUUUUAUUCUAGAGGCAUGGGUAAACUCGUUUGAACAGCAUAAUGCUGCAUAUAAAUGGGAAAAGGCUAACAUGGCUUAAGGCCUCAUAUUUGAUAAAUGAUAUACAGUACAUUUGGUAUCAGCCACAUGGGAAAUAGAUCUGUGCUAUCAUUUUGGGUAAGUGUUGACCGUAGCGAUUGGUCAAGUCAUUUGAAGAGGGAAAGAAUUAGAAUUGCAGGCAUUGUUACUGCAUUUUUGGUAGAAUAAAAAGUAGGACAUGAUAAAGAUUUAUCUUGCGUGGGUUGCACUAUGGAGGUGUAUGACUGAAGCAAGUCAAUUUUU